AUGGAGGAGCAAAUGAAUAAAUUUUGGGACAUUGAAGAACCUGAAUCGGCUCCAGAUGCGUUCACCGAUGAAGGAAAAUACGAGUUCAUGUUCAGGAACGAAUGUGUGCGGCUACCGUCUGGCCGUUUUUCCGUUCCUCUACCGUUUCGAGUUCCUAUUUUGCCAACAACAUUUGGUAGUUCUCGUUCAAUGGCAGUCAAGCAUUUUGAGUCAUUGGAGAGGAAGCUGUUUUCUAAUCCACAGCUGCAGACAUUAUAUACGAAUUUCAUGGAUGACUAUUUGGCGCUAAGUCAUAUGUCUAUCGCACCCACACCCGGUCACUAUUUUGUCCCUCAUCAUGCAAUCUACAAGGCAGAUGAUGGUGACGCAAAGAUCCGUGUGGUGUUUGACGCGUCUGCACGAUGUUCAGCCGGACCGUCAUUAAACAGUUGUCUGCUUCCAGGGAGAAGCUACAACUCGAUGUUGUGA